AUGACGGCCAGCUUAACUACCAAGUUCUUAGACAAUACUUAUGAAAAUCCAUUUAUGAACGCAUCGGGUGUUCAUUGUAUGACUACCCCAGAACUGGAUGAGUUAGCCAACUCUAAGGCAGGUGCUUUUAUUACUAAGAGUGCUACAACUCUAGAAAGAGAAGGUAAUCCCAAACCACGUUAUAUUUCCGUUCCUCUAGGUAGUAUCAACUCUAUGGGUUUACCAAAUGAAGGUGUUGAUUACUAUUUGUCUUACGUACUAAACCGCCAAAAGAAGUAUCCUGAUGCACCCGCAAUCUUCUUCUCUGUUGCUGGUAUGAGUAUCGAUGAGAAUCUAGGCUUAUUGAAAAAAAUUCAAGAGAGUGAAUUCAACGGAAUUACAGAGCUAAACUUGUCAUGUCCAAAUGUUCCUGGUAAACCACAAGUUGCUUAUGAUUUUGACUUAACUAAGGAAACAUUGGAAAAAGUUUUUGCUUUCUUUAAUAAGCCUCUAGGUAUUAAAUUGCCCCCUUAUUUUGAUUUUGCUCAUUUUGAUAUUAUGGCCAAGAUCUUAAAUGAGUUCCCAUUAGCCUAUGUCAACUCUAUCAACAGUGUAGGUAAUGGUCUCUUUAUCGAUGUAGAAAAGGAGAGUGUAGUAGUAAAACCAAAGAAUGGGUUCGGAGGUAUUGGUGGUGAAUACGUCAAGCCAACCGCACUUGCUAAUGUUCGUGCGUUUUACACUCGUUUGAGACCUGAAAUCAAAAUCAUUGGUACUGGUGGUAUUAAAUCCGGUAAAGAUGCAUUUGAACAUUUGCUAUGUGGUGCUUCUAUGCUACAAAUUGGUACAGAAUUGCAAAAAGAAGGUGUACAAAUCUUUGAACGUAUUGAAAGAGAAUUGAAGGAUAUAAUGGAAGCUAAGGGUUAUACGUCGAUAGACGAAUUCCGUGGUAAGUUGAACAGUCUUUAA